AGGAAAAACUUUUUAAAAUAGUUAACUUGUAUGUUGUACAAAUUCAUUGUCGCUUUACAAGCAACCUUUGAUCCCAGUCCUCGGCUGCAUGACCUAAAAUAUGGCGUUCCAUUUCCGCCAAAAUUCAAUGUUCUAUUUUACAUCGUACUUUCCACAAUAUUUUUUACAUUUUGCGUUUUUCAUUCGAGUUUGCACUGGCGAUUCAACUUUUUUGCAUUCAACAUUCAACGUUUGUUUAUGCAACAUUUAAGUUAUCGCUUUCGACAUUCAACUUUUUAGAGGCAACAGUGUAGUUUUCGAAUUCGACCCUCAAGUUCAGUGGAAUCCACAUUCAUGUUUUCGCAUCCAACAUUUAGCAUUUGUCCUUUUUAAGUUUUGGCUUCCGACCUCCGACUUUGGGUAUUGUACUUGCAAGUUUUCGCGUUCGAUAUUCAACUUUUCGAAUUGGACUUUUACCCUCUGGUCAGUGACUGAAGGAGAUUGUGGGCGCAAUCGCCCUGAGCCACCCCUGUUCAAAAGGUGGACGAUAGGGACGAGAGAAUUCCCAGUUGAGUGGACUUGGGAGACCUUUCUCCACUCCCUAGCCGUCGGGGGACGAUCAUGGCCGGCGGUCGGCAAGAUAUCGAUGCUGCCGCACAAUCUGCUUGUUUAGGUGAAGUGAGAGUUACCCUCUUGAGGGUUGCUGAGCGUCUUUCUUCUCUGGAAGAAACACCACCUCCAAUCAGCACACAGAAUGCAAAUCCUUCUCCAGCUGCCUGUGUAUCUGCUUCUGUUGCUGCUGAACAGCGGAGACUGUUUAGCUGUAGUAACAAUGCAAAACGAGCACGUUCCUCUGGCAGCUCUCUUUCAAAGUCCAAACGAAAUGCCACAUGUACUUAAAGUUUGUGUGUUUAGCUGCUAAGGAAGAGGUCGAACGUCCACCAAUUUCCGUGAAAGAAAGAACGGCACUAGCAAAAGCCGGCUUUGGUGAUGCCAGUAUUACCUUUGGGUAUAACAAAAGCUCUGUUUAUAAUGGAAUCAUCCAACGAUUUCCUCAAUUGAGUGAGGUCGGGGGUUUUUACUUGCUGUUGUUUCAGAGAGGUAUUGGGGAGGAUGCAGGAUUCCAUCGAAUUCUUCCCCCACGCACACCUCAAAGGCUGAAGGAGUUAUGUGGCCAAGCAAAAAUUUUCAUGCGACCUGUUCAAAAGGACAUUGAGCUUGAUGACAAAAGUGGAGAAGAAAGAGAUGCUGACAGUGAUGUCCCUAUGAUUAACUGUUUUAACUGUGGUGCUGCUAUCAUGAUGACGGAUAUGCAGAAGCAGCAGGAAACUCACCAGGAAGGAGCGACCAAGCAGCCUGAAGAUGUUUUUGAGUUCAGUGCUGACAAUGACAGUAACUGGGAACCUCCCAUAAUGCUCCAGCCUUCUCAGCCACAGAAACAGCAGCAGGACAAAGCACUAGUCAGGGGAAAACACCAAGAGUCAUGCAGUGGGGAAGGCCGUUCCAACAGCUGGCAACAAGUAAAACUAUCCUUGAUGAUGACAAAAAGGACUCGAUGAAUUCACCGUCUGAAACACUAGGAACCUGUGGUGAUACUCAGGACCUGAGUGCUGAAUUGAGAAACCUUCAGAAAAAUUUCUCUUCAGAUCAAAAGGAAAAGGUGAAGGU